AAAGUUAAUAUUAUAAAUGAAAAGACAACAUUUGGAGUCACCAGAAGUUAUUUGACCUCGAUCACGGUACGACCAACGUCGCGUUCCGUUGAAUAAUUUACUGCAAGAAAAGAAGAAAAACACAACGAAUUUGCCUAUUUAAAUAACCGAAUUCUCAGGAGGAGAACACCAAAAUGCGUGAGCUAGUUUGUGAGCUGGAGAACAUUCUCAGUGAAAUGCAAGCAUACGAACGUCGUUUGUCAGAGCUGUUUGACGGAAAGAUAACAGUGGAGGGUCUGGACACGUUCCUCCAAAAGAUCCGGUCUGCGGCAACUCAGGAUGUGAGGAAAUGCCUCUCUCCGGCCUUGAAAGGCCUUCCUAUUAUGGCAACAGGGAGCAUGAAGAGCACUUCCACAUCAUCGUCUGGACAAACUGAGCCAGAGUUUGUAUACCUGACGAUGCCUGACUUCACCAUGGGAGCUGAGGUCCUGGUCCCAGGCAUGAUGACCUGUUCCCUGAAGCACCUGCGGGAGAAACCCGGAGAGAUGGUCCAGCGGUCUCUGGCUAAGCUAACCAUACAAUUGAGUAACCUGGGCCUUGUCUCUGUUGUGGGAAAGAAGGCUGUGGCAGCCACUUGUGAAAUCUGUGAUCUUGUCAUGAGAGUGGUUUCCAUCUUCCUGUCCCAUUGUGGCAACUACUCCAGGCACUUCUUGACCUCAGUUACAGGUAUAAUUGCACGGGACAAGAUGGCCGCUGUGCUUCGGUGCUUCACAGAAACAGCCAACACCUUCAACUUACUGGGCUUCAACAGCACCUUCUUCCAGUUGAAGCCUGUGGUCCAGGCGGUGGUGACCUAUCUGGGAAAGAUGUACCAAAGCAAAAUGGCUGCUGCCUUCAAGUACCAGCUACCCCUGGCUGAUGAUCAUUCCUCGGAGCUUGAGGAGUUUCGUGGGAAGAUCGAGGCACCCAUCAUUGUUGAGGAAGUCCCAAAUGAGCUCCUGGGGAAGGUGGUGGACUCAGAGCAGAAAAGAUUUCUGGCUGACCUCUCUUACUGUCACAGGCCUAUCCUGCCCAAACAGCUGAAGACAGAGAAGAAGUUGGUGGAAAAGGGAUCCCUGGCUGCUGUCUCUGAACGUCUUUCCCUGGCCUUACUGCCUCCUGAAGCCAUACAGCUUGUGGCAACUGGACACAUCGCUGAUGUCCGUGCUAAAAAAGCGUUCAUGAAGGCUGGAGCCAAGGAGCUGGUAGCUGGCCUGAAGACUGCAGCUUCCAAAGUUGUGGAGGACCUCAUAGCAGCUGUAGUAGAAAUGGUUCACAUGACCACUCCCCUGGAUACCCAGAUCUCUCAGACACGGAAGGUGGCCCUCAUCAAUGGGAAGUCUGAGAUUGCUGCAGAGGAUGUUCUUAAUGAACUCUUGGAGAAGGUUGUGAAAGAGUCUGAGAAGAGGAGAUCCCUGGCCCUGAUCUCUGUCUCUGACUGACCCCCCUUGGUCACUCAGCUUCCUCAGCUCACCGAGCUUGUUCCUGAGCAGUGCAGUGGAGAGGCUGCAAGGUGUGCUGUACAUGAAGACAAACAGGUGAAGAAGAAGAAGAAGAAGAAGGAGAAGAAGGAGAAGAAGAAAAAUAAGGGAAUCCGUGCAUUCUUCAGAGGGCUUUGGAAGAGGAUGAUAUGUUCCUCUGGAAUCCCCAAGGAUGACUGAGGCCCUGUCACCUACGAUUGUCUGUGUCCCUACAAGCAGCACACAAAGUCUUUAACAUAAUUCAUUAAUAUGUGAUACAAAAACCCAACAAACAUUCAAUCGGAAAAAAAACAUACUGUUUUUACUGAUUGUUUCUUAAAAAGUUCUCCUCUUAAAUAUUUAUGAUCUCAUUAGUAAUAAAA